AUGGAAACCGAUGCUCAGAACAAUGGAGCCCACACUCUGAGUCUACUAUGCUAUGUGUUGCUGGGGGGUUUUCAGCUCCUUACAAGUGUGCUCCCUGCAGGAGAUUCGUGGGGGAUCCUUGCCUUCCUGUGUGCCACGCUCUGGAACCUGCCUGUGGUGCCUGCACUGAACAGCACGGACCAAGUGACCACCAGACAGUCCAUCCAGCAGAUGUACGACCUCACUCGCUAUCUGGAACACCAGCUGCACACGCUUGCGGCCACUUAUCUCAACUACUUGGGGCCACCGUUCAAUGAGCCAGACUUUGACCCUCCCCGGAUCAUCGGGGUGGAGGCUGUGCCGAGUGCCACUGUGGACAUUCAGGAGUGGCACAGCCUGAAUGACAACGCACGGCUAGCAGCCAAUUACCAGGCGUACAGCCACCUCUUGACCUACCUGAGGACCAUGGAUGGAGCAGCUGUGCCAGCUGCCAUGCCAGCUUUGCGCCACAGCCUCGAUCAUUUCCGUGCCAGCCUGCAAGGGCUGCUGGGCUCUAUCGGCGGCAUCAUGGCUUCCCUGGGCUACUCGCUUCCGACAGCGGAGCCUCCUGUGACGCCCGCCCCUCGAGGCAACUUCCUGCGCAAGAUGGAUGACUUCUGGCUGCUCAAAGAGCUGCAGACCUGGCUGUGGCGCUCGGCCAAAGACUUCAACAGGCUACGCAAGAGGGUGCCGCCUUCUGCCGUUGUGCUGCACCUCGAGACCAGGGGCUUCUGACCCCUGCUCAAAAGCAGCCCCUCUC